GAGAGACCUGAUAGUGUUCACCCAUGAGAUGAAUCUUCAUGCUGGACCGGCGAUUCUGAUGAACACUUUACGCACGAAAUAUUGGAUUCUUGGGCUCAGGAAUCUUGUCAAGGGCAUCACCAGGAAGUGUGUGAAGUGCAUCAAGGCGAAACCAACUACUGAGACACCGUUUAUGGGCGACUUGCCUGCAGCUAGAGUCCAACAGAACAGGCCAUUUUACCAGACGGGUUGUGAUUUCGCGGGACCCAUCAAGAUUCGCGCAUCCAAGCUGAGGAAGGCACCGGUCAUGAAGGCCUACAUAUGUGUAUUCAUAUGCAUGACCACGAAGGCGAUGCAUCUUGAGGCCGUCAGUGAUCUGACCACUGACGCUUUCCUGGCGAGUCUACGGAGAUUUACCGCACGUAGAGGGCAUUGUCACACAAUUUUCUGUGACAAUGGCACCAAUUUCCUUGGAGCAUCAGGGACAUCUCGUGAAGAGAGGCUCAAGGGAAUCCGUACCCACCAGCACAAAGUGACUUCAGAGAUGUCAGGUAAUGGAACACGAUUUAGUUUCAUUCCAGCCCAUUCACCCACGUUUGGAGGUCUUUGGGAACGUGGGGUUUCCAGAGUGAAAUCUCAUCUACGACGAGUGCUGGGGGAAAGUCUGCUAACUUUCGAGGAACUAGCAACAGUUCUGGCACAAAUAGAAGCGUGCCUGAACUCACGCCCACUCUGUGCGAAGUCUUCGGACAUAGAUGACAACGAACCAUUGACACCCGGCCAUUUCCUGGUCGGACACGCGAUGAAUCUGACCCCUGGACCAGAUUUGCUUGAGGUUAAUCCCAACCGUUUGAGCCGAUGGUUGCUACUUCAGCGCAUGGUGCAACACUUCUGGAAGCGCUGGCAUGUGGAGUACAUCACAUCGCUUCAACACAGAUCCAAGUGGUACGAGAAGAAGAGGAACCUCUGUGUUGGAGAUUUAGUGCUGCUUCGAGAUAACCUUCUCAAACCCACUUACUGGAGAAUGGGAAGAGUCACUGCUGUCCAUCCGGGCAAAGAUGACAUCGUUCGGGUCGCAACAGUGAAGACAUCCGACGGCAUGCAGAAACGGGCAGUCAAUACCUUGGCCUGGCUGCCCACAGACGGUUUCUUGAGCCCCUCCAGGACUCAAGAGGGGGAAAAUGUGGGAAAUGAAGACGAACAGAAGGCCAACCGUCAAAACAUUUGAAUUGAGCGGACUGAGCGACGGAAUUUUGUAAGGCUUUUUGUGAAAAACUUCAGUGUAAAAAAGGGAGUGUGGCUGACGCAAUAGGAGAAGUGCAACGCGUGUAAAACGACUCAAAGAAAAUUGAUGAAAUAUUCCCUUCAGGAUUGAAUUAGUUUCGUUAAUCGUUAGAAAGGUGUUAGAUCAAGUUGUGUAAUAAAGAAAUUUAGAAGUUAAAUUGAGUUCUUGUGGAGAAAUAUCCCGGAUAGACCGCCAGACAUCCAGCUAGCAGAUUUUGCUGACAGCCUCUGAAGAAAAGGAAAGGCGAGCGCUUGCGUCUUAGGUUUUGGGCUUACCGAGUGCGGCAAGAGUGUCUUCGAGAUAGGCAGAUUGUUGUAGCCACUCAACCAAGAUCUGGAGCCUGCGGGAAUCGGUCAUUUCGACCGGAUUAUCUUAAAGGAGAUUUUCCAUUUGCAGGUUGGUUGUUAAACUCGAAGGGGUGUUUCAAUCCAAGGUUAUAGUACUUUAACGGGUCAUUGC